UUGACUGCAUUUUGACAACACUCGCCAGUGUGCAACUUGAUCUCAAGUUGGACGGUUAUUUGUUAUUGCUUGAUCCUAAAUUUUUAAUAUUGUUGAUAGCAUAUAAACAAAAUAAGUGUACAUGUGCUCCAGUUCUUGACUCAAUUGUUUAGUGUUGCUUCCAAUACAAAUCCAUCACGAUGGCGGACCCGCUCAGUUUGCUGCGACAAUAUAAUGUAAACAAAAAAGAAAUCAUCGAACGCGAUGAUCAGAUCAUAUUUGGCGAGUUCUCUUGGCCGAAAAAUGUUAAAACUAACUAUCUUAUGUGGGGUGCAGGGAAAGAUGGUGCACCAAAAGAAUAUUAUACACUAGAAUGUUUACUUUACAUGCUCAAGCAUGUUAAUCUCAACCAUCCUGUGUAUGUCAGACAAGCUGCUGCUGAAAUAAUUCCGGCUGUGCGUCGUCCAGACAGAAAAGAACUGCUUGCCUACUUGAAUGGUGAAACAGCUAGUUGCCCAGCAAUUGAUAAAAGUGCACCUUUAGAACUUCCAACCCAAGUGAAACGCUCAGCCGAUUACGACACAUCCGAAAACUUGGCCAAGAAGCCACGCUUCGAAGAUGUGCACGUGCAGAAUCUCCGUGAGCAGCUUGCUGCGCGUCUGGAUGCCCCGAAAGAGGCGUCGGUCACAGUGGACAAUAUCAAGUCUCUUUCAGAGGCGAUGUCUGUGGAGAAAAUUGCUGCCAUCAAAGCGAAACGUCUCGCUAAAAAGCGUACAACCAUCAAAGGCAAUGACGAUAUCGGUCAGGAGUACGAUUAUCGCGCAAUCCUUGAUUUAGACGUGGAUAUAACGAAAGAUAUCCUCAGCAGAGAGAGGCAGUGGCGCACUAGGACGACUAUUCUGCAGUCGAAUGGAAAAACGUUCGCGAAGAAUAUUCUAGCGAUGUUGCAUAGUAUUAAAGCCAGGGAGGAAGGUAGACAUAGACCACCGCAAGCCCCGCCGGUGGCUACACCACGCCAAACACCUGUGCGACCCACAGUGCAGCAAGUUGGCUACAAUCGGUACGAUCAGGAACGCUUUAGACAAAAGGAAGAAACUGAAGGUUUCAAGAUUAACACGAUGGGUACCUACCACGGCAUGACACUGAAAAGUGUAACGGAAGGUUCGGUGAAACCUUCGCGCCCGCAGCCUCAGCCACAAGCGCCGCUUCCUGCUAAUGCUGCGCGUCCGGCAGCUGGUGGAGGACCGCAGAAACGUGUAUCACGCACGCCGAUUAUCAUUAUUCCUUCGGGCGCAACAUCGUUGAUUUCAAUGUUUAAUGUUAAAGACAUUUUACAGGACUUUAAAUUCGUGCCAACUGAACAGAAGAAAAGUGAGGGAGCGCGACGUGACAUUGAAGUGUUGCUGCAACGGCCGAGGAAUGGUCUUUCUGUGCCUUAUCGCGUCGUCGAUAAUCCAGCUAAGCUGACGCCAGCGGAUUGGGAUCGUGUGGUCGCCGUGUUUGUCAUGGGGCCGAGUUGGCAAUUCAAAGGCUAUCCAUGGGAAAAUCCCGUUGAAAUCUUUUCCAAAAUUUGCGCAUUUCAUUUGAAAUAUGAUGAAAUGAAAUUGGAUGCAAACGUCGCAAGGUGGGCGGUCACAGUGAUCCAACUCUCCAGAACCAAGCGUCAUUUGGAUCGAGCUGCAUUAAUGGUCUUCUGGGAAAAACUAGAUAAGUACAUCCUACAGUAUAAGCCGCAUUUAAGGUUUUAAUAGACAUAUUAAAAUAAGCACCUGAACUUAUAAUUGAUACCUAUUAAAAAGAAGUUGCCUAUAAGUUGUUAUGAUAUAUUUUAUAAGAAUAUUUUACUCUUAAGAAUCAAUGAAAGAAUGUAAAUCGAUGAUUUAUUUAAUUUUAGAAAUAUUCUAAUGUAAAGUGAUGUACAUUUACUUAGAUCUGUACAGAAUUUGGCGUGAAUAAGUUUAAUACUAUAAGUUAAUCUUACACUUAAAGAAAA